AUGUAUGCCAAAGCUAAAGAUACAAGUGUGCUCAUUCGGCUUCCAUGUAAUUUAGCCGAAACAGUUGCUGAUAAAUCAAUAAAAAUUGCUGUUACAGUUGCUAAUCCCCUUCUCAAACCAUUAUAUGGACUUGUACAUGUAAUUGACGAUUAUGCUGUCGAAAAACUUCGUCAAAUUGAAUCUAAAUAUCCUGCUAUCAAUACAUCAACUGAAGAGGUUAUGAAUACAUUCAACGAAAAAACGGAAUCUGUUCAUCAUGUAAUGAAUUCAGUUAAGGAUACAACCACAUCAACAAUUCAACAUAGCAAAGAGAGUAUUUUUCAUAUAGCAACAGCCACACUACAUAAGGCAUCUGAUGUAGCUGGUUCUGUCUUCUCAUUUUGUGAAACAUAUGUACCAGAAAUCCAACAUCUUAAUGCCGGCAAAACAACAGAGUUAUAUGAACAUACUUGUUCAACUGUUAGUUCAUUAUUUAAUUAUGCAUUUCAUUCGGUUCAAUCAUCAUUAAUAUGGUCCAGAAUGUUGGCUGUAUAUUCUUUUUACUUAAAAUAA